AUGAUUGAGCAAGCUUUAGAUGAUAACAUCUCUGAAAAUGACGACGAGGAGAGUUUUUUCCAAGAUGUAGAUAUAUUGCAAAAACACGGUAUAAACGUAGCUGACAUAAAAAAAUUAAAAGGCGCUGGAAUAUGUACCAUCAAAGGAGUGCAAAUGUCCACCAAGAAAAAACUAAACAAUAUCAAAGGAUUUUCAGAAACCAAAGUCGAUAAAAUUAAAGAGGCUUGUCUAAAAGUAAUAUCAUCAGGCUUCAUGACUGCUUUAGAAGUAAGCGACAAAAGAAAAUUAGUUUUUAAAAUUUCUACUGGAAGUAAUGAAUUGGACAAGCUUCUCGCUGGCGGUAUAGAAUCUAUGGCUAUCACAGAGGUUUUCGGUGAAUUCCGGACGGGCAAAACUCAGCUGUCCCACACUUUGUGCGUAACCACACAAAUUCCAAACUCCACCGGCUACAGCGGGGGGAAAGUCAUGUUCCUUGAUACGGAACAUACGUUUCGUCCAGAUAGGCUAAGGCCUAUAGCAGAUAGAUUCAACCUGGAACAAAAUGCUGUACUUGACAAUGUGUUGUACGCCAGAGCUUACACGUCCGAACAUCAAGCAGAACUUCUGGACUUCGUAGCAGCGAAGUUUCACGAGGAGGGUGGAGUUUUCAAGCUGCUGAUCAUUGACUCCAUCAUGGCGUUGUUCCGAGUGGACUUCUCCGGGAGAGGAGAGCUGGCCGAUAGACAACAGAAGCUGGCACAAGUGUUGUCCAAAUUGCAAAAGAUUUCUGAAGAAUACAACGUAGCGGUUUUCAUAACGAAUCAAAUGACAGCCGAUCCAGGCGCUACCAUGUCCUUUCAAGUGGAUCCCAAGAAACCUAUAGGGGGUAACAUUCUAGCGCACGCGUCAACCACAAGAAUUUACCUCAGGAAGGGCCGCGGUGAGAAUAGAAUAGCCAAAAUAUACGAUUCACCAGAUUUGCCGGAAAGUGAAGCUACGUUCGCUAUCACAAACGGAGGUGUCGCUGAUGCCAAGGACUAA